AGGACAGAUUAGGGAAAACAGGACAAAAUAAUUUUCAUACACUACCCUCCAAAAACCAAACCACAUUUCAAAAUGAAAAUCUAAAAAUUUAUAUCCUCAAAAACAAAUCCAAAUCAACUUUAAUUAUUUAAUUACAACAACCAAAAAGCAAGUUUCAUCAUCAUGUUCAUGUAUAUAUCUAUGUCCAACUAAAGCUUCUCCCACUUGCUCUUUUAUCUUCUCCCUUCCCUCCAUCUUUCCUUUUCCAACUCACAAACAAACUCAAAUCCACUCAAAUUCAAUACUUGUAUAAAUCCAACCUUUCUCCUUCCUUACUUUCUUCUUCUCAUUCUUAAAAACACAAAGAAACAAAACUUGAUCAUCAUCUUACUUUUACUUUUCCACUUUCCUUACUUGAUCUCCAAAAAAAAUCUCAAAAAACCCUUCUUAUUCCUUCUUUUUAACACUAAAUUUAAGGGCAAAAAGGAGUUAAAAAAAAUGAUCCAAGAAUUAUUAGGAGGUAGUGUUCCUAAUGGGCUUUUAAGUGAAAGAAAAAAUUCUAUUCCUUUCACUUCUUCAACUCCAAUUCUUACUACUAGUAUUACAACCUCUCCAUCAACAGCUAACUUGACGAAUGCAUCACAUUCGUCAAAUAGUAAUAAUAAUAAUAAUAAUAAUAAUAAUAAUAAUAAUAAUAAUAAUAAUAAUAAUAAUUCAGAGGUUAACCCUAGCCAACAAAAUUUAAGGUGUCCAAGAUGUGACUCUACAAACACCAAAUUUUGUUAUUACAACAACUACAACCUUACUCAACCUCGCCACUUUUGUAAGACUUGUCGGAGGUAUUGGACCAAAGGUGGGACCCUCCGUAACGUUCCCAUCGGUGGCGGCUGCCGGAAAAACAAGACUAUAACGGCAAACAACUCUUCUUCUUCCUCGGGAUUUGUAAAACCAUCUCCAAAUGCCAUGGCUAAAGCUAAAGCUACUUUAUCUUCUGAGUUGGCGCUUCUUAAUGGAAACCCGGGUAAUUUCCUCGGAUCCGGGUUAUUAGAUCCGGAGCUCCAUUCAAACUACCCAAACCCAAUCUUUUGGUCUUCACUUCCUCAAAACUCUCACAUCUUGUCUUUACUCAGAGGAUCAAAUUCAACCCAAUUUCAUAACCCUAACCCUAACCCUGACCCUAAUCCCAUAUUUGGUAUAAAAACUGAAAGUGGACUCGGGUUAGAUUCAUAUGGUAAUGGAGCUCCAUCUAACUUACACGGGUCAUUUUCACGGGCCAACCAACACCAUAUAAACGGGUUAUUCUCAUCUGGAGUACAAGAUUUUAUUCAAAAUAAUGGGAAUAAUAAUAAUAAUAAUAAUAACAGUAAUAUAUUAGAACUGUAUCAAAGGUUAAAAUCAUCAUCAAAUUACAGUUAUUGUAGUAACGAUAAUCCGGGUAAUACAGUUAUUUUAGGUAAUAUGGUUGGAUCAUCAUCAGCAUUAUCUUCUCCAAUGCAUUCAACAAUUCUGGAUUCAGCACCAAUUGGAGGAGGAGAUAAUAAUCAUAUUGGAGGAUAUGGAUUAAUGAAUUCUCCUGCUUUAAUUUCUGGUUGGUCUGAUUUUCCAACAGUACCUAUUAAUAUUAAUGGUGCAUAUCCUUGAUUAGUUUUAAAGUUUUAAUUUUAAAUUGUAUACAUUAUAUGUAGUAUAAUAUAAUAUGUUAGUUUAAUCUUUUAUUUGCUUUUAUGUUGUUUUUGGGGGGUGUUUUUGUCAUUUUACUGUUAAUUUUUCUUUUAAGAUCUACUUUUUUUCAUUGGUUCUUUUUAUUGUAGUUAGUUUGGGGUUUGCGGUAUAUGAAUCAAUUAAAUAUGGAUAAUUACUUAAUUGUUCUCUUAAUCCUUGUAACGUGUUGAUCUUCUUUUAUGCUUUUGAGUGAUUAAGCUUUGUCUUGUAUGUUAUUUAAUGGUGGUUUGGGCUACGAUGUCAAACCAUCUUGCCUUGAAAUAUGCUUAAUUAAGUAUUAUUGCAUCAGAUGAAGCAUGUACUAUUUUUUAUUUAUGUUUUUAGGUUUUGAUUAUCGUUUCACUUCGAUCGUCUUUAUUUUGCUCAGUCUACCUUGUACUAAAAAAAAUAUAUUUGAGAUCCAUCUAGUGAAAUUCAAACUUUGAAUGUAUACAAUUUUAUUUUUGUUAUAACAAAUUUAAAACUUUAAUGGUAGUAAAUAUUUGAUGAUAAUUCAUGAAUCAAUUUAUGAACUUUGAUCCUUAGGGUUUUCCUAAGCAUAUGCAUCACCAAUAGUUUAUUUGAACAAUUGAACCUAUUAAAGUGAUUUUCGUUUCUUUAGUUUUUGUUGUUUGACGAUAAUAUAUAUUUGCAUAUGCACGAGCUACAAUGAUG